UCGACAAACUAGUGUGUCACUACGCAAAGCACGGCCGAAUUUUUGCACAGGCUAAUUUGGAAGCGCUGGCCGUUACUCGUGCGUGCGACGGCCUUAAGAGUCGUCGCCUUGCAGGGCCAGAUACGACGAGGGCAAAAAACGCGGCUUCGCUGCAAGCCAGGGCUGCACAGCUGCCUCGCCGCCACCGCUGCGCAGACAACCAUGACCAAACAAAAGAAAAAGAGCAAACAAAAGAAGAAAGAAAACAACGGCGACGCCGAAGCGCUCGCGAAACAAAUCCAACAAACCACCUUAGACGAGACGCGGCGACGGCGCGAGGCCGAGCGCUCGCGGGAAUUGUCCAGAGAACUCUGCGCGUCGCGCCACGAUGGGGUGGAAUGGUGCGAGUACGAGGGCGAAGUGAACUUGCCCGAGGUCAUGCGUUUGGUCGACGAUGAUUUAAGCGAGCCCUACUCGAUUUUUACGUACCGCUACUUCGUGAAAAAUUGGCCUAGUUUAUGUUUGUUGGCGAAGAUCGAGGGCGAGACGGUAGCUUGUGUGGUCUCAAAAGCCGAGGUCGAGAAUUCGCAGCUCGUGGCGGGCGAGACGUGUUAUAGAGGUUAUAUCGCGAUGCUCGCCGUGAACAAUACAUAUAGGAGAUCAGGUAUUGGUACCGCUCUAGUCUGUCGCUCGAUCGAAAGGAUGCGCGCCAUGGGCUGCGCGGAAGUCAUCCUCGAGACGGAGACGACGAACACGAUCGCACUUUCUUUAUAUGAGAAAUUGGGCUUCGCGCGCGACGAGCGGCUGUUCAAAUAUUAUUUGAAUGGUGCCGACGCCUUUAGAUUGUGUUUGCCGCUGGCGCGCGAGGACUUUGUCGAUGAUGGCCUGCCGCCGACGCCGGAGGCCUUCCGCCAGCUCUCGGCGGCGCCUCCACCUGGGGAGCGGGGGCGGAGCAAGUCGGACCCUUAAGAUGUUGUUUUGAUCAU